GUGCUAUAUAGGCAGAGGCGUAUAAGUGCUGCCUUCAGGGAUCGUUGUUCAGGGAGGGCCGCCGGAUCCCAUUGAUCUUGCCCUCCCUACAGACGAAUCCGACAUGGGCCUCCUUGUAGGUAAGCGGCGGAAAAUCGAAAAUGAGAAGUUUGCAACAAAAAUCGACAGCGCGACCCUUACAGUAGGUAAGCCGCGAAUUUUCCGCUCACUGAAUGGAAUGGAUCCAAACGUCUCCCAGCGCGGACAACCAAAAGACUUAUAAACACCGAGAGAUUUCCUGACGCCGAUACUGAAGUUCAGUAGUCGUGCAGAGGAGGAAAUCUCAGUGCUCUCUCUUCUCAGAAACCUGAGACGGCCCACAUUUUACGACAAUCUGCACGCCCGCCAUGUUUUCUGGCUCGGCAGUAGUACAGUCUCUGCUCGUGUGGGCUACUAUCUUGGCUGUAGCCAUCGCCGCCCCCCUAUCAUGCCAGGAUGGUGGCGACUGCCUUCCCAUGCCCCCGAAUGGCAUAUCGAUUUUCCCAGAUCGCGAUUUCUUGACAGUCGAAGCUUACUGGGCACAGCAAGGCAAAAUCGCUGAGGUCCGGGUUAGCCGUAUGGUUAGCCGUUCCGGGUUAGCCGCUGACGCCGUCCUCACAGUCGUCGCAUCCGUGAAGGCUGUUGUCAGCGGAGGAGCCAAUGCAUUCGACAUUAACCACCCGGGCGGUUACUGUUGGGGAGCAGGGACCGACAUCAAAGUCACCCCUGAUAUUGUUGGCGGAGACAUCAUCGAUCUGUAUUUCGACAACAUCAAGGAGGCUUCGGUUCGGACACUCGACGCUAAAAUAACCAGCGUCGUGUAUGAUGGCAGCAAAAUCCUUACCUUGAAAGGGUACGUCGACCCGUUCAACAAAGACAAAUGUAAAGAUUGUUACGAAGUGCGAAUCGUAAAUCCCGAUCUCCGCCCUUUCGUAACAAAACGGGACAUUCGGGCUCCCCAACCUACAACCCACGACGGCUAUACUUCUACCCUCGUCAUUAACCCGGACAAUAAUCAAUUCGUAGCCACCUUCACUUUUGAUGACGUUGAAGCGGCACAGAUUGCUUACAGAGGAGGAGGAGCUCGCGUGAUGGGCUGGCUGGAUGUGACACCCGACGCCCUCCCUCGAGGACUGACGAUCCAUGAAUUAGGGGAAACUGGUGGACCUGGCAUGGGUGGUUGUCCUCCGGGACCUCAAGAAUUCGCGCCUCCUGCCAGCAAAUACUGGACUACCGUGGAAACCACGGGUGAAACCCCGGCAAUCAAGAACGUUGUCACGGUUUCUUGGAAAGAGCCCACGAUGCCGGCUGGAUUAAAUCCACUGGCCGGCUACGAUGUUCUGGUCCUUCAGCCUAAAGCUUCCAAGGCGGUCCGUAGCGACAUUGUCGGCGCCUAUGUCCCUGCUCCCGCCUCACAAACUCAGAUAACGGUCGUGGGACCAAAUAUUAUCGACGCCACGUCGGUCCAGAUUCGCGCUGUGGUUGAGCACGGGCCGACUGAUAAUCCGACUACGAGGACUUCAGACCUAUUCACUCUUCGCGGCCCCCUGAAGCUCGCCGCCGAGCCAGCCACAGGCCAGACGGCUCAGUUUGUGAAGUUGACUUCUUCGAACGCCGGAAUCAUCAAAUACACGUUGAACACACCGAUCUACGAAACCGAAUCACCAAAACCGAUCUUUAGCGCCUCCGCCAAGGUAUAUACCGGUCCUAUCGAACUAGCGCAAUCAGCUCCUGCGAUCGCCCCCGGCGGGCGUGUCGAACUCAAUGUCGCCUACGCCUUUUCCGACUCCGACGAGUUCACCAAGGCACAGUUCAUUUACACCCUCGCUGCUCCCGUCCCCGUCCCAACGGGUCUGAAAGUCGUGGGUGGAGCUGCGAUCGUUACGAUUUCCUGGAACAAAGACGCCAAUGCCAAAUCGUAUCUCAUUCAGGAAUACGAGGGCAGCACGGGUCCAACGAUUGGAGACCCUUUCGAGACUCUGAGUACCGAGACCACGGCGGCACAGGUUACGGUUUUCGGCCGAUUUGGCAAACGCGAUUACACUUAUGGACGGGAAGGCGUCGUUGCGGAUCUCGGGCACGGGCUCCGAAGAAGGCGCCAAGCUCACUGUGUAUCCCUCGUGUUCCGAUGAUGCUUGCGUAUCGCCCAAAUUCGACCUCCCUUAUACAACACCUGCCCCGGUAGUCGUCGCAAAGAAUGCCUGGCAAGUCCGCAUAGCGACCAACAUUAACCCGCGCAAAGUAAAAGUCACUUCCGACAAGGGAGGGUCUCAGGAAUUCACU